AUGAAGUCAAAUCUGAUGUUCCUGCAGACAAACUGGAGGAAUUUCUGCAAAGAGAAGCUCAAGAAGAUCUCAGACAGAGUCACACUCACCAACAUUGUUCCCGGAACCAGGAACUACUUCCUACAAUAUUUCCAUCGGCUAACUCUGGAUCUGAACACAGUGAAUAAAUACCUCCGUCUGUCUGAGAGAAACAGAGUGAUUACUGACACUAAAACAGUUCAGUCGUAUCCUGAUCAUCGAGAAAGAUUUAAUUGUUGGCCUCAGGUGUUGUGUAGAGAGAGUGUGGGUGGACGCUGUUACUGGGAGCUGCAGUGGAGUGGAGAUAAAGGUGUGUUUAUAUCAGUGUCAUAUAAGAGCAUCAGCAGGAAGGGAGGAGGUAAAGAGUGCGUGUUUGGACGUAAUGAUCAGUCCUGGAGUUUGUUCUGCUCUCCCUACAGUUACUCAUACAUACACAAUGACAUAGAGACUGAUCUCUCUGUGAAGUCCAUCAGCAGUAGAAUAGGAGUGUUUGUGGAUCACAGUGCAGGAACUCUGUCCUUCUACAGCGUCUCUGACACAAUGAGCCUCAUCCACACAGUCCAGACCACAUUCACUCAGCCGCUCUAUCCUGGGUUUGCUGUUUAUAAUGGAUCAGUGAAACUGUGUCAGGGUUCAAACCCAUUUUUACCAGUAAAUUUCCAUGACUUUUCCAUGACUUUUCCAUGACUUUUGAGACUAUAAUCACAUCACUGAAUAUUGUAAUUUGUUUAACCAUUAUUAUCUGUUAAUCUCAGGACCUGAAUAUUGUUCUGAAACUG